CCUGUGAUGUGUUGCUGUGUAUUUUAAGAAGUUAGAUGAUGGAUGAUGUUUAUGUUAGAUUGAAUUUCGUCAAAUAGAAAGAAAGUUAGGUUAAUGCCUAAAUAGGUUUAUCUCCUUUGGGUUAUUCUAUUUUUCACUUUUAUACUGUCCAAAACGCAGAAUUUACAAUUUUUAACUCUACCAUAUAUUCAUAAAUUAUCAAAAAAUGUCUAAAGGCGGCAGAGGUAGAGGAUGGCUAAAUAUCAAUAAAAAUCAGAAUAACCCUGUGCCUCCAGGUAAUAUAACUGUAGCUAAACCAAAUAUUCCUUCCGUUGCUGAUGAGUCUCUAUUUACUGAUUCUUGUGAAUACAAAGAUAUUAUUAACAGAGUUAAAGAGCUCAAUACGUCUGAUGAUGGUAUAAAGUUUAACCAAAAACUUAAAUAUAUAUUGGAAAAUUGGAAACAAGACUGUAAAAGUAGUGAAGAAGUGGAGAAAAGUUUUGAUGCCUUGUAUCAAGGAUGUUUAGUUGAUGAUGAAUUAGCUUCUAAACUGGUUAUUAUGAUCUCGUCAAGAUCUUUCAUAUCUCAAGAAGUUCAUGAUCAGAAUUUCCGUCUCUUAUUUUUAAGAAAAUUACAGAAUGAUUUUGAAGGAGGCAAAGUUCUUCAGAAAACGAAUCCGGUAGCAUUUAGAAACUGUGUACGUAUGUUAGGGGAAUUUUAUAAUAAAGCACGGCUAGUAAAUGGUGAACCAUUCACCUUUAUGUUAAUUCCAUUGGUAAAUUGUCUGGAAAUGCUCCUGGAUUCCCCACAAAUUUCAGAUUUACAACAAAUUGCUUUCCAGUUUUAUUUGAAUGGUGCUGCUAUUAAAACUGAAUGUCCUGAUAAGCUUAACGAACUAUACAACAAAAUACGAAUGCUUCUCACGUCUGACAAACAAAUAUCUAAAGAAGGAAAGCUAUGGCUAUUAUUAUCUAUAGAACUGGGGGCAAACAAGUUCGGAGUGCUACCUAUAGAUGUUUUUAAAUUUUAUCAAGAACAAAUUGGUGGUAAUGGAAUGUCCUUGUUUCAAUGCUCCCAAAACAUCUUAAGUGUACAAACGCCAGAAGACAACAAAACCUUAGAAAACUACCAGAGCAGCGUGAACGUCCUUCAGCUAUCCACGAAACCCGAACCAGUUCAACCUGCAUUAGAGCCUACUGUUCCACAAGUCACCAACUCCGUGACUAAUUUCACGACGGAAACAAUCAACCACACCGCAAAAGAGCCUCAGAAGACUCAGAAUUCCAGUAACAACACCGGAAAAUUCGGAAGACCCAUUUUGGGAGCAGGAGCACGUCUUAACAAAGGUAAAUUUAACGAUUCCUCAAAUUGGAGAGACAAGGAUAAUUCUUCGAGCGGAGGAUGGGGUAAUAAAAAGUCUGGGUGGGGAAACAAUGAUAAAAACUCCAAGGGUAAAAGUAAAGUAUGGGAACAUGACGAUAGGUUUGAAAAUAACUAUAGUUAA